AGCUACGUAAGGGGCGUGGUCAGCGUCGGUCUGCUACGGUGACUGUCAGAGGGACUUACACACACACUAACAGUGCAGCAGCCUCACGAUACACUCCUUACAACAGUUGUAUCCUAUCAAAACGAAUAUUUUACGAUAAAACGAAGCUCAGCCGAUCGUGAAGUUCUGCUGCCCUGUCUGGAGGUUCGUCCUCACUGAACCUGGAUCAGCUUACAUCCUCUUCUCCUCUUCAUCCCAUCAAUAGAUUAGAGGAGAACCGCCUUACAGGAGCUGCCGUGGAUCCACGCAGAAAGAGGAGCACAUCACAUGGGAGUGUGUGACUGUGUGUGUGAGGGUGUGUGUUCAGGCCUCCUGCCGUCGCCCGCUCUUCCCGGACAGGCAUGGCGGGGGGCAGGGAGCGCGUCUCCCGGAUGCAGAGGCCGUGGUCGGUGUACCGGGCCAACACAUUCGAGCUGUCCGACGAGAUGAUUGGCCUGGCGCUCGCAGUCGACACCAUCAGACCUGCAGCUGACACUGUCACUGCUGCUAGCUACAGCAGCGAGGAAGCUCAUCAGCUCGUAAUGGGAAACAGCCAGGACCCAGAUGAGCCUGUGCUUGAGUUCAGCGUGGCCUGCACAGACUUGCUGACUCCUGCUUUGGAUCGAAAACCCAACAGCUUUGUAGCAGUGAGCUGCACGACCCCUCCGCAGGCUUUCUGGACCAAACACGCCCAGACCGAAGUCAUAGAGGGCACCAGUAACCCCAUCUUCCUCAGCAGCAUCGCCUUCUUCCAGGAGUCCAACAUCAACCAGCAGACGCAGGUGAAGCUGGCCGUCUACGACGUGAAGGACCGCUCGCAGGGCACGAUGUAUAUGUUGGGCUCAGCACUGUUUCCUGUGAAGGAGUUGUUGCAAGAGAGAAGCCACAGAUUACAGCUUGAGCUGAGAUCAGCAGAGAACCAGCGGGUGGGGAGCAUCACCAUCGCUGCCUGGCAGAUGGAGGAGAGAGCAGAUCCGAGGGUGACGGUCGGCCGCCUGCCAGACAGCAUCAACGGGCGGACGAUGCUGCCUGUUGACGAGAGCCUCACAGAGUCGAUGGGAGUCCGAAUUAAAUACGCGUCGUUAUGCAAAGACACUCUGCUGCGCUCAGUGUUUGGAGGCACAAUGUCCAGGAUGUACCGCUUCCCCACCACAGACGGGAACCACCUACGGGUGCUGGAGCAAAUGGCCGAGAGCGUCCUGUCAUUAAACAUUCCCCGACAGUUUGUCAAACUGCUGCUAGAGGAGGACGCCUCCAGGGUGUGUGAGCUGGAGGAGCUGGGAGAGUUAUCCCCCUGCUGGGAGAAUCUACGGCGACAGAUUGUCUCUCAGUACCAGACCAUAAUACUCACAUACCAGGAGACGCUUGAGGACCUCAACAACUACAGAGGCCCGUCGUUCAAAGCCAGCAACCUGAAGGCAGAGAGGAAGCUCGAGUUCAUGCCAACCAACCUGCAUGUUCAGAGGAUGAGGGUGCAGGAUGAGCUGGGCUUCGAACACACGUACGACGUGGUAACAAUCGGAGCGCCGGCGGCUCAUUGCCAAGGUUUUAAAAACAGCGGAUUGAGGAAACUCAUCCAGAAGUUUGAGGAGGCAAAGAAACACGUUUAUGAGGAGGGAUGCGCCUUGUCCAGCUCCCAGUCCAUCGUCUAUAUACCCCAGGACAUCGUCCGAGCCAAAGAGAUCAUCGCCCACAUCAACACGCUCAAGACUCAGGUCAGCUACUACGCCGAGAGGCUUUCCCGAGCCGCCAAGGAUCGAUCUGCUAGCGGACUGGAGAGGACGCUCGCUAUUCUGACUGAUAAGACUCGUCAGCUGGUGACAGUAUGUGACUGUAAGCUGCUGGCUUCAGCCAUUCAGGCCCUGAACGCGGCGCGGCCCGAGUACAUCGCCUCCAAGUCGUCUCCCUCCGCCGACUCAGAACAGGUAGUGCUCCGGAAUGACCAAGACACGCUGCUGGCCAAGUGGAGCGGUCGCAACAGCAGAUCCUCACUGCACGUUGACUGGCAUGAAGAGGAGUGGGAGAAGGUUUGGCUGAACGUCGAUAAGUCCCUGGAGUGCAUCAUCCAGCGUGUCGACAAGCUGCUUCAGAAGGAGAGGAGACCCAGCAACUGUGGUCAGGACAGUACCCAGACUGACCUGCAGGGCGGCGCCACCAAGAAAGGUGGUGGGAAAAGACGAGCUUUCUGGAUCAACCCAGGAAGUACAUCAGAGGACACUCCAUCUUUACCAUCAUCAUCAUCAUCAUCAUCACAACCUCCACCAUCAUCAUCACCUCCACGAUCAUCAUCACCACCACCAUCCUCCUCCUCUUCACCUGCCCUCUCCUCUGCACGCCCCCCCAGCCCUGAACAAGAAUCCUAUGGAAGCCCCAGUGCUGAGGAGGCGUAUCCAGGCGAGUGGAGCGAGGCGCUGUACCCUCUGCUCACCACGCUCACCGAGUGCGUCGCCAUGAUGAGCGACACGGCCAAAAGGUCCAUGGUGUUCCUGCUGAUGCAGGACAGCGCCCCGACGAUAGCCAUGGACCUGUCGCUGCAGUACCGCCGCGACGUCGUCUUCUGCCAGACGCUGACCGCCCUCGUCUGCGGCUUCAUUAUCAAACUGAGGAACUGUCUCCGUGACAACGGUUUCCUCCGACAGCUCUACACCAUCGGCCUGCUGGCUCAGUUUGAGUCCCUGCUCAGCACCUACGGUGAGGAGUUGGCCAUGUUGGAGGACAUGAGUGUCGGAAUCAUGGAUCUUCGCAACGUCACCUUUAAGGUGACCCAGGCCACCGGCAGCUCCGCACCGGACAUGUUGCCAAUCAUCACGGGAAACCGGGACGGCUUCAACGUCCGCAUCCCGCUGCCGGGAACCAUGUUCGACGUGCUGCCGCGGGAGAUCCAGAGCGGCAUGCUGCUCAGGGUCCAGCCGGUGCACUUCAACGUCGGCAUCAACGAGCAGCAGACGCUGGCUGAGAAGUUCGGAGACACAUCCCUGCAGGAGAUCAUUAACCUGGAGAGUCUCUCCAGGUUAAAUUCAUACUACGAACAGUUCAAAGAAGUCCUGCCUGAGGACUGCCUCCCGAGGUCUCGCUCUCAGACUUGUCUUCCUGAGCUGCUGAGGUUUCUGGGGCAAAACGUCCACGCCAGGAAAAACAAGAAUGUGGACAUCCUGUGGCAAGCGGCUGAGAUCUGUCGUCGGCUAAACGGGGUUCGCUUCACCAGCUGCAAAAGCGCCAAAGACCGCACGGCCAUGUCGGUGACCUUGGAGCAGUGCCUGAUCCUGCAGCACGAGCACGGCAUGGCGCCGCAGGUCUUCACGCAGGCCCUCGACUGCAUGCGCAGCAUUGGGACGAGGGAGGGGGUGAUCCAGAAGAACCUGAGCGGCUUGCUGCCGGUGCGGGACUUCCGGCUGGACCCCAGCCUCCUGUACUCGCUGCCCCUGCUGGCUCUCAGCCCGAACCUCCUGGUGGUGUGGAUCUUCCUCAGCGUGGCCUAUUUCCUGGCCAAACUCCGCUGCAGCUGAGCGAGCAGCUCUCUGCUGGGAGCGGCUGACUGAAAGCAGAGCGAACGUGGAUGUGAAUACUGGACUCUGACUCCUGAAACUGUGCCGCCGUCCUGUGAGUGUGUGUGGAAUACUGUGCAGCGAGGACACACUGCCCCACCCCGACGAGGGCCUGAACACAACUGAUGCCCCGGUUCUCAAGGCCAAAGCUCUGCCCUCGUUCCUGUUUUGAAAAACUGCACAUGGUUGGCCCCGGAAAAGUAUCGUAAACACAGUUAUUUUGUCUCAGUAUUGGUAACGAUGAUUUGCUUGAUGAGGCUCCAGAGCUUCCAUAGGUUUGACAUGGAGGCUGCAUCCACACUAAGCCGGCGAGAGGUGCAGUUCAGGUGUCGUGUUUUCAGGUAGUUUUUGUAAAGCUUUCUGUCCGCACAGAAAAGCCGCAUUAAUAGAAAAGCCGUCAAGUCGUUUGUUGCAGUUCAGUAGUCAGUCGUGUCACGGUCAGUCUGGUUACUCCGCUGAGUGUCAGAUGAGUAAACUGACUCCUCUGCAGAUCUUGUUCCAGUGGUUCGUUACUCUUCACUGUUUUAACACAACACAAAGAAAACACCAACUGACAGUUUGUGUAUUUGUGAAUCACAGGCUGUAAAUGACACCUGGGUUGUGAAUAUGCAUAGAGAGUGAGCAGAUUAUGUAUGAGUCUUGGUUUCAGGAAUGUGUUAUUGUUGACAGUAGCUGUUACAAAUGAAACUGAGAGGUAAUUUAAGCUUUGCACAAGCAGCUUUCUUCAUUUAUCUUUGUCUUCCAUUUGCUGCUGCACCUUAGAAGCUAAAGUGGCGGAAAGCUUUUAUUUGGUGCCAAAAUUUAAGUCAGCUACUUUUGGCUUAAUGUAUAUUUUUCCAGGCAGUAUUUGCUCUUUUUAUUUGUUUGGGUCUUCCUGCUUUUCCAGGUUGUAUAGAAGGAGGUUUUUCUUUGCUUCCACUUCAGCCUGUGCACUUUCCAGCAGAUCUGGGUCAGCUCUGACUUACGAGCGGUUCUGUUUACUCUACAAAUUAUCAACUUCAUCAAUUACAGCCCUGUUUUCUAACUUCAGCCACACUAACGCGACUGCACAAACAGCAUUUCCUGCACUCCACCUUUUCAUCUUGCUCAAACUAUUUUAAAUACCUUGCAUACCUUACAUGAGCAAACGAACAGAGCAGAAAGCUCAGGGGAUCAGGUCCCGUGACAACACGCAUGACUGAAGGGCAGCACAUUGUAGCAGAGUCAGGCAGCUGCACAUGCAGAUUUCCUCUAUGUGAUCUGAUUCCGGGCAGGGAUUGAGUUAUCCAUCGAUCCUGCGUGCACAACAACAUCAUCUGAAAACAGCAAGAUUUGAGCAGUUUUGUCCAAACGAAAGAUAAGCUUCCCAUGAUUAAACAAAGAAGUUCAUGUUGCCUCCUGGGCUUUUUCCCGGUCACGACACCGUAAGCUCUUUUGUCCUGGCUGGCGUGUCUUUUAUGGGUUCAGCUCAUCUGUAAAAGCACUUUUGUUCAUUUCACUCCCUGAGCUCAAGCGUCUGCUUUUACCUGCCCUGAGGUCAGUAGCAGCCAGCGACCGGCGCUUUUCAGUCCCUCAAAUUGGUCCCAGUGCGGAGCAUCAGAUCCAGUAAGUCCCGUGAGUCGACCCACAUCUGCUCCUCAGCUUUUUUAUGCCAAUGCAGUGAAGAUCAGCUCUGUCUCGCCAAUUGACAAAGUGGAAUCUUUUGUGUUUUCAGGAUGCAGUUUCUAAUUGGCUCAUGUUGGAAUGUGCGGACAUUCGUAGGACAUUCAGGGGACACGUGUCCGAUUAUGCAGCGUAGGACUGUCGGUUCUGCACCCUUUAGAGCAUUUAUGUGUACCAUUUAACAUGUGUCCAGGUGUUUGUCGUGGUGACAAACUGGCACAGAUCGCAGCUAUAGCAGUUACUGUUAGCUUUAUAUUUGGUGGAUGACGUGAGUCAACUUUGUCUCUGUUAAGAUGAAUGAAUGACGGCUCCGUGCUUGUGCCAAAUGCUUCAGUCAGGUUUUUAUCAGGUGAAUUCAGGUUUGCAGGAUUGAUUUCAGGAUUGAUCGCCUGACUGUGUCUGUCAUAUGCACUGUAAUGCACUCGUCAUACCGAAAUACAAGAAGAGUUUUCAGCUUGCAUUACGCACUGGAAACCUGCAUUGCCAAAAUCAAUAUCUCAUUCUGUGACGAUAAACUAAAGCAUCAGUCGCCUCCCCGGAGUUUUCGAGGCUCCGUCUCAUUAAGAUCGACCCAGUAAGGAAAUGGAUCAGACCAAAAUAGCCUCCUUUGGGAGUUUAGCUGCUCUCAUGACCCCUAAACGCUCAAACACACGGGCCACACACAGACUGGAGCGUCUCCCUUUGGUUUCCUUCGCUCCAAUCGGGUUUGCAGUGCUUCUUUUUGAAUUGACCAGUCAGUAGAAGCUCAAGACUUGUAUUUCUGUCGUGACAUGCAGGCUUGUGUCAGGAGUAUUCACAAAAUAAGUGAAUAAGCAAUUGUCCCAAAAUGUUAAACUGCUCCUUUAAUUUAUCACUCACUCCUUAUGUCCUUAUGCCUUUAUUUAUUUAUCAUUAUCAUUUUAGAGCUACCUCUGUGAGAGAGAAGUUUAACUCAGUUAUUUAAAAGUAAAUAUAAAGAUAGAAAUGCAUCUAAUAAACAAAUAUAUUAAUUAAAUAAUCACUGAGCAGCGUGGAUGUGAGAGAACGGAGAUUGUUUUACGUAAAUGAAAACUUGUUCCAGUGAAGUCAUAUUUUCACUUUACGAUGACCCUUAACGGUCAUUUAAGUACACUAAAGUGCUUCCUAAAAAAAAACAUAUUAAUUAAAAGUCAUAAUAUCGUUGACCUUACAGAGAAAGAA